AUGAGUUUUCUACAUAUGAAAAACAAUGAAACCUUUUAUCAUUCCAAUAUACCAAACAUAAAAGAUGAAGGACAAGAACAAUUAGAAAAUGAUAAGAAGGUAUUCAAAGAUGAUUUAUCUUUAGAAAAGAGGGAUCAUGAAGAAAUAUAUUCAAAUAGCCAUGUGUGGUAUUUUCAUAAAAAUUCAUACAAAAAAAUGGAAGUAUUAGAGUUUAAAAAAAAGGAACAACUAUACACCCUUAAACGUAAAGGAAAAAUCUUUGAAAAUAUCCAUAAGGAUCAAGUAAUACGAUCCCUCAAAAAUGAACUAAAAUUGGAUAACGAAAAUAAUGUUGAUAUAAUACAACUAAACGAAGCAAAUGUCAUCCAAAAUUUAAAAAAUAGAUACGAAAAAAACAAAAUAUACACAUUUCAUGCAUCGUUGCUAUUAGCUAUUAAUCCAUAUAAACAAUUAAAAGAUCUUUAUGAUGUGAGUAUAAUGAAUAAUUAUUUAUGCAAAUUUAAAAAUACUAAUAGCAGUGAAAAAAAUGAUUGUAAAGCGCAUAUUUAUGAUAUUGGUAACAUGGCAUAUAAAAAUAUGGUAUUGAAAAGAAAAAGACAAACGAUUGUUGUUUCAGGGCAUAGUGGAAGUGGUAAAACAGAAAAUUGCAAAUUUCUUUUCAAAUAUUUUCAUUAUAUUUUUUUUCAUAAAAAUUCGAAUAAUGUCGGAAAAAUAUAUAAAAGCAUGAAUUCAUAUGUGAAUGAUAAUUCAGAUGCAGAACAAGAUGAAAAAGUAAAGAAAAAUAUUUCCAUGACAUCCACCAAUAUAAGCAUAGAAGAAAAUGGUGAUAUGUCAAGAUAUGAAAGGAUUGAUAAACUUAUUUAUAUUAAUAAUAUAUUAGAAUCCAUGAGUAAUGCCAAAACAAUAAAAAAUAAUAAUAGUAGUAGAUGUGGAAGAAUAAACGAAUUAAUAUUUGAAGAAAAAAAAACAGAUAAAGAUAUAAUGUUUAAUCAUUGCUUUUCUAAUAUUAAAAUAUUAAUUUUAUUAUUAGAAAUUAAUAGAUGUAUCACACAAAAUGAUGGAGAACGAAAUUUUCAUGUUUUUUAUCAAACGAUUUGGGGUUUAAACGAUGAAGACUUAAAUAAAAGAAAUUUAGUUAGAGAUGUUAAGGUUUAUAAACUAUUAAAUAAUGAUGUAAUGAAAUAUAAAAAGGGUUCUACAGAUAAUUGUGAUACAAAAAAAAUUGAUAUUUAUGAACAAAAUAAGCAAAAAGAUGAAAAAAAUUUUGAAUAUUUAUUGAAAGGAUUAAAUUAUAUAAAAUAUGACAAAAAUAAAAUAAAUCAUUUUUUUGAUAUCAUAGCAGGGAUUAUUCAUUUAGGAGAAAUAGUUCCAGAUGAUUCAAAUGUCACAUCUAACACCUCUAAUCAUGAGUCAAGCAUGGAAAAUCCUUUUUAUAGAUACAAAUGUGCAUGUGAUUGCCUAAAAAUACAUGUUGAAGAUCUUAAAAAUUUGAUUAAAUAUAAAAAUAUUCAAGUUUCAAAUGAAAACAUAAAAACCCCAAGAACUAAAGAAAACUCCUUAUCUACUUUGCACACCUUAAUAAAAGUAAUAUAUAAAAAAUUAUUUAAUAAGAUAAUAAAUGAUAUAAAUAUGACUAAUUUGAGUGAUAAGGAAAAGAAAGAAAUGUUAAAUUCACAAAUAUAUGAAAAUAAUAAUAGUAUCAUAUCAAUAUUAGAUUUGUACGGUUUUGAAGAAUUAUCAUGUAAUGAUUUUGAGCAACUAUGUAUUAAUCUAGCUAAUGAAAAAUUAAAUAAUUAUUAUAUUAACAAUGAAAUAGAAAAGGAAAAAAAUAUUUACAAAGAAGAAAACAUAUUAUGGAGUGAUUUAGUGAUUCCCUCUUAUGAAGAUACAAUCAUUUUUAUUGAAAAAAUAUUUGGAGGGUUAGAUGAUAUAACUAAACUUAAUAAUUGUGGUCAUAAAAAGGUGGAUGACAAUUUUUUUACAUAUUUGUUAAAUAACGAAAAUAAAUAUUUGGAGAAACAUAUAUAUGGAUUUUUAAAUAAUAGAGAUAAUCAAUAUACAAGUAAAAAACAAAAUAUAAAAAAAAAUAAAUUUUUUAUCAAACAUUAUGCAGGGCAUGUAACAUAUAGUAUUAAUAAUUGGAUACACAAAAAUAGUGAUAAAAUAGAGGCCGAGAUUGAGGGUCUUAUUAACACAUCAGCAAAUGUUUUUCUAAGUGAAUGUAUAAAAGAUGAAGUAACUGAAAAUUAUACUACAAAAUCAUCAGAAAAAUUAACAGAAUCAUGUAAAAUUAGCAACACAUCUGUUGGAUUAACUAAUAACAAUUGUAAAAAAAAUAACAUACUUAGUGUCAGCAAAAAAUAUAUUAAGGAGUUGGAUAAUUUGUUCACGAAUUUAGAAAAAACAGAUAUGUAUUAUAUAAGAUGUGUAUUGCCAAAUGAACGUAUGGAAUGUAAUAAUUUCAAAAAAGGAAUUGUUUAUUCUCAACUCAAAGAAUGUGGAGCUAACGAAAUGAUUAAAAUAUUAAAUAACGGAUUAUCACACAAAAUAUUAAAAAGAGAAUUAAUCGAAAAAUUAAAAAAUUGUAUAGCCAAAGAAUUAGUACAUUGUAAUGAUAACGAUAUUAUAUAUUAUAUUAUGAGAAUAUUUGAUGAAGAUAAGUUUUUUAAAAUUGGAAAAAAAUACAUUUUUAUGAAAGCUCAUUUAUAUACGCAAAUUAAUUUCUAUAUGUAUGAUAGUAAUAUUAUAAAUGAUAAUUCGCUAGUUGAUAGACAAAAAAAAAAAAAAAUUUUAAGAGAUAUAAGAAUAAUGCGAUUUAAAAGGUGUGUUACAGUUGCAAAAAUUUUUAGUUGGAUUAACAAUUAUUAUAUUAAAUAUUUAACAAAAAAAAAAAUUAUGAAAGAAAAAAUUUGUGAUUAUAUGUAUAAGAUAUAUUUAAUACGAAGGACUAUAUUAAGUGUCAAAAAGUCACUUUCUUAUAAUGUUAAAAAGUUAAACAAAAUACUAUGUGAAAAAGCGUAUCAAAUGCCUUUUAAAAAAAUUAAAAAUACCAAAAAAAAGAAAAAAAAUAUAAUCAAUCCAUUAAUUAGUAUUACCAAGAAAGAAAGUGUGCAACAUAUGAGUAAGGAAACCAAAAAUACAAAUAAUGAUAAAAUUGAUUCAGAGGAAAAAAAAGAAAAAAUAGUUGAAAAUAAAAAUACAGAAAAAAUCACGACAAAAUGUGAAGAAAAUGAAAAAAAUGAAAAAAAUGAAAAAAAUCCCAAAAUUAACAUGUUGUAUAACAGCGGAGAAAAACUAUUUGUUUGUACUCCAGAUAAUUAUCACUAUGUAUAUAAUAACUUAGAUUGGAUAAUUAUAUAUUCAAAAAAUAAAAUAAAUUUUUAUAACAUAUCUUAUAGUUAUGAACAAAUAGAUAAGAAACACAUUUUAAAUUAUAACAAAAUUGGAAUUAAAAAAAUACAUAAUGAUACAAAGUGCGAACAAUGGAAUGAAAAAACGAAUGAAUUAAAUAGAGGAAGUGUAAAUUAUGAAACUGAGAAAGAUUCAAAAAACGGGUUACAUAAUAUUGGCAAAAAUAGUUAUUGUUGUGUUAAUCAACAUCCUUUAUAUAAAAAUUUGAUCAUAGGAAUUGAUGAAGAGUUAAAUAUCGUUUUGUUUAGUUAUCCUAAUAUAAACACUAUUAGACGUUUUAUUAAAAAAAAAAUAAAAUUAAUAAAAAAAAGUAAUGAUAAUUUGCCAAACACAUAUUUACCUCAGUUAUAUAAAAGUAGAAAAUAUAGUGAGCAUUUCUUUGAAAAAAAAAAAAACUAUUUAGAAAGCAUAAUAAAAAAUGAAGAAAUGGUUAACUAUGACGUAAAUGAGAAAAUGGAUAAUGAGUCCAAUUUAUUUGAUGAUAAUAAUUUAAACAUGUUUAUACAUAUGUAUAAAAAUAUAUAUGUUUUAAGUACUUUAGAUGGUAUUUUAUCUAAAUUGUGUUCAGUAAAUUCAGAACAUUUUGAUAAUUAUAAAACGAUGGAAAGUGUAAAUAAAAUGGAAAAUGUAAAUAACAUUAUAGAGAAUAACAACAAAGAAGUAAAAAAAGAUGCAAAAGAUAAAAAAUGCUUUACAUAUCUAAAAUCGUUAAAAAAAGAGGAUUAUAUAUCAAAAGAAUUGUAUACUAAUGAAACAUUUAAAGUGUUAAAUAUAUCAUUUUUAUCAAAUAGUAUAAAUUAUUUUGUUUAUUUAUCAUAUGCAUUAAUAAAUGAAAAUCAUUACAUAUUAUUGACAAUUGUUAAUUUGUUUUCAAAACCUAUUUAUACAUAUACUAUACAUAUAGCUAUAAAUAAUAUAAUAAAAAAUGAUGAUUUUGUGAAAUUUUUCAUUAAAAAUUAUAAUAAGAUAUAUCAAAAUAAUAAAAUAGAUAUCCAAGAAAAUAUAGAAAAACAAGAAAAUACAAACUUGAUGAAAAAUAAAGAAUAUCUAGAUAAGUUUUUAAGUACAAUCAAAAUGUCCAUAAUUAAUAAUUCACAUAUUUUUAUUUAUGGUUGUUGCAUAUUAAGCUUGGUCGAAAUAACAAAAUUUAAUUUAAAUAGUGGAAAUCCCUAUAUUAAAGAAUAUGAAUAUAAAUAUUUACAGUUAAAAUUUAAUUUAUAUUGUUUCGAAUAUUUUAACAAUGUAUAUGAUAGAUAUAUGAAUAAGUUGUCUCACGAUUUAAAACAUAAAUUAAUUAUAAAUGAUAUAUUGGGAAAUGAACAAAAAGAGGAUGUGGAAAAAAAAAGUAAAUUAGUUCACUUGAAUAUUUCAGAAAAAAAUGAAGAACAUAAUCCAUCAUUAUAUAUAAGAAAUGAAAACAAUGAUAAUUUGUUUAGUCAGGAAAAUGAAAAUUCAGGAAACUCAUUUUAUAUUUUUUCAUUAUUUAGUAGAAUUUAUUUAUUAACAAAUAAGGGAUGUGAAUCAAAUUAUUCUCAAGUUAUAUUUAAUUAUGAUGAUUGGAAAAUUUUUAAGUUAAAAUUGAAUAGCAGCAAUAAUAAUAAUAAUAAUAAUAAUAAUAAUAAUAAUAAUAUUGCUGAAGAUGAUGAAAACAAAUUAUGUGCCUUCCAAGGGAUAUUGAAUAUGAACAUAAAUUAUUAUUAUAAACAAAAUUAUUAUAAAAGUCAUGUUUCGUUAAAUUCUUCUAUUCAAGCUACUAUACAAAAAUAUGAUGAAUAUUUUGCUGAUGGAACACUUCACCAUUCUACUCAUAAAUAUGUAUAUCCUGAUGUGUAUGUAUUAAGGAUUAAAAAUAGUAAUUUUACAAAUAGUUUUGACAAAAAUAAUAAUUCAGAUGAAGAGUCCUUUUAUUAUAAUUUGAAGAAUAACCAAAUGUUGAGGUUAUGUACCCAUGGAAAUAAAAAGUCUUCGAUUCUCAAGAACAGAAAUUGUUCCCCUCAUAGUGUCUUGGCUUGUACGCCUCUGAAUCAUUUGGACACCAUUUUAUUACUGAAUUACACUAGCGACAAAAAUUUAUAUUUUCUGGAAUUUGUCAACAUUGUGAGCAGAAAGAAGAAAACAGUUCCAAUUGAGGAAUAA